UGACUCAUGGCGUGGUCGCUGCAAACGAAGUCGUGCUUUGCUGUUGCAAACAAACUGCGACGGGAAGGUUGCCUCAUCCGCCAUUUUGGAGGUGCUCAAGCAGCUGAAAGCUGGUAAAGCAUAUCGAACGGAACGGACCAGCAUCGGAAUCAGGGUUUGGAUCAGGACGGAUCAGACCGGCGAGCGGUUCCGGCUGAUUCCGCCCGAACCGCAGACGCAGGAUGGGCAUCCGCGGUCUGACGUCAUUUGUGCUGCGAAGGCGCCUUUUCCAUGAAGAACGAUUACGUCACUGUGACCUGGUUAUUGAUGGAGACAACCUGUUCCACACUUUUGCCGACAAAUGCCGGGGAACAAGCACAGCCCUGGGAGCCGACUACUCGAUCUUCGCGAAGAACAUUGAGAUUUUCUUUUCGGACUUGAAAAGAUGCGGCAUCACCGCAAUAGUGUUGAUGGAUGCUGGGUGCUACGCCGAAAAGUGGAACACCAUCUUGGGAAGAGCCAAAGCGGAAACUGAGAAAUGCGUGCUGGCUUCGGAGCGUUCUGUGCCAGUCUCCGAGAGUCCUGCGGCGGCCGCCAACACAUCCGUGCGAGCCUCUGAAAUCCCCCUGCGGGCCUUUGACCUCGAGCAGACGGACGCAUGGUGCCAUCCGGUACUUCUCAGAUGCGUAUUUGUUGAGGUGCUGCGCAGACUGGGAGUGGCCGUGGUCCUGAGCUCCAUGGAGACGGACGAUGCGGCCGCGGAGCUAGCAGGCCGUCUGAACUGCCCCAUCCUUAGCAAUGAUUCGGACUUCUUCCUGCUGGACGUGCCUUGUGUACGCAUCACGCCAGAGCGCAGAGCAGAAAUCUCACUUCGCUCGAGGGACAAUAUCGGCUACUCUAUGAAGUUCUGUGUGUUCCGGUUACAGAGGCUUCUGGAGCACUGCGGUGUGGACUCGGCCAUGCUCGGUCUCGUGGCCACGCUACCGGGUAACGACUACUUUCCGGGCGAGCUCUUCCACCCGUUCUUCGAGUGGCUGACGGAGUCGCAGGCCGGGCACACAGAGAGACGGUGGUGCACCCCGCAGCAGGAGCGACUCGACACCAUGCUGGACUGGCUGGCCGGCCAGACAUCGCUCCAGGCAGCACUGGACAAGGUGCUGGAAACACUGCCUGAGGAGAAGCGUGAACACGUAGCGGACUACGUGACUACGUUCAACAAAAGCUCUAGGGAUGAGCAGAACCUCCAGUUUCUGCAGGACGGCGCCCAGGCUCUUUACGACCGGCUGAAGCGCUCCUCCGAGCCGGGCGUGGAUAAUGGCGUGUCCCAGUCAGCCGCCUCGCCAGACCAGACGCCUUGGUCGCCCCCCGGCAUGCGCCUGGCGCUAGGACGUGUUGACCCUCUGUUCUGCGCCGGAAACAGCGUAGCCGGCGUACCCUGUAUACUGAAGCCGAUGGUGGAAGACCCGAGCCUGCCGGCCACGGCGAUGGCGGCCGUACCGCUGCUGGUGCGGCGGGCGGCACUGCUCGGGGCGCCGCCGGGGCCGCUGCUCUUAUACGCUCGCCACAGCCGCAAGCUGCGCUGCAGCACGGCCACCGUCGACUGGCGGGCGCCGCUGCUGGAGCGUGCGCUGCUCGGUGACCGCGCCUCCCGGCAGCGCGUGGCCCUGGCGACACUGGGACUGCGGCCGACGGCGCUGGACGCCGUGCCGCCGCUUUUGCAGCUGUUGGCCGCCUCGCUGGUCAACUGGCGCCGCGCCACGCCGCGGCCCGCAAGGUUCCACCUAGCCGCCACGCACCUGCACUACGAGCUGCAGUACGUGCACCUGAUGGCAAUUAGCAUCAACGCGCUGCUGAACAAGCCGCUGCCGACGCUUGAGGUCGCCUGCACACUGAAUGGCCCGUUGGCCAUGAAUCUGGGCUUCGGGCCGCCGGACGAAGGUGUGGACCAUGGCUGGCCCGCCGAUCUGAUCGAGGACACCGAAGUGAACCACCUGCUGGACACUGUGACGGCCGUCAUCGAGUCGGAGGUCGCCAAAGAGACCGGGUACGCGCCGUCCCGGACCGCCGGAGCGGAUGACCAGGGGAGACAGUGCACGCAGUCGGGGAUGGAAACCGCCGAUGCUCAGGCUGGCGCGGCCUCAGAAGACUGCUGCCGUCCUGUGGCGGAGAGCCAGGUGUUGGAGGUUUGUCCACAACCACAGUGA